GGGGUGGUACUCAGCCACGUUGAUAGCGAAGGCCGGGAGGUACCGGUAGCCUAUGGCUCUCGAACUAUGACAGCUGCCGAAAGGAACUACGCACAGACAGACCGGGAAGCUCUGGCGAUAGGUUUUGGAAUACGAAAGUUCCACAAGUUCAUCUACGGUCGGCAUUUUCGGAUCGUGACCGAUCACAAACCUCUACUGGGACUCUUGCAUCACGCAAAACCGAUGCCUCAAGUGCUGUCGCCGAGGAUGUUGCGAUGGUCGUUAAUGUUGUCGGCUUACGACUACGAGCUGGAGUACAGGCCUGCUCAUCAGCUCAGGAACGCGGAUGCACUGAGUCGACUGCCUCUAACUGUGGAAGACAGCUCAACUGACGAGAAACUUUUUGAAGUCCGGAUGCUGGAGACUGCGCCGGAGAUUCCGUGGGAUGCCCAGAAGAUUGCCCGAUGCACCCGGAACGACCCAACCUUGUCCAGAGUUCGACAUUGGACGGGGGUUGGAUGGCCUCAAGGCAGGCUGCCGGACGAGUUCAAGCCAUUUGUUCGACGGCAGCACGAGUUGUCGGAGUAUCGGGGAUGCCUGCUGUGGGGAUGUAGAGUCAUCAUUCCAGAGCAAGCGAGAGACCAGGUUUUGGAGCUGCUGCAUACCACGCAUCCCGGGAUCGUCCGCAUGAAGGCGCUUGCCAGAAGCACAGUUUGGUGGCCGGGUAUCGACCAAGAUAUCGAAAGGAAGGUCCGAACCUGCCUGCCCUGCCAGGAGACAAGGCCGCAACCUGCACGUGCAAGACUGCAUCCGUGGAAAUUUGCCAGAAACCCAUGGUCCCGAAUCCACAUCGAUUUUGCAGGACCCUUCCAAGGAAAGGUUUUUCUUCUGGUGGUGGAUGCGCAUUCGAAAUGGCUGGAAGUCAUCCAGAUAGCAUCCAUGUCGUCAGCAGCAGAGUGUCAAAGGCUGCGAGUGCUGUUCGCAACACACGGUGUUCCCGACACUAUUGCCUCGGACAUUGGGACAGCGUUCGUCUCACAAGAAUUUGAAGAAUUUUUGCAGAGAAACCAGAUCCGGCACGUUAAGGUGGCGCCAUAUCAUCCAUCGUCAAAUGGCCAAGUGGAGCGCAUGGUCCAAGAAACUAAACAAGUCCUCAGGCGCAUGGAAGGAGGCGACAUGGCCACCAAGUUGGCCCGAUUUCUUUUGAGUCAGCAUAUUCUCCCGCACUCAACGACCGGAAAGAGUCCGGCGGAAUUGUUGAUGGGUCGGAGACUCCGUACUGCACUGGACCGGCUUCACCCAGACAAGGUGUACGCGAAUUCGAGCCGCGAGAACCAGUCUUCAUCCGCAAUUAUUUAA